UUAAUGAGAGAUUGGCAAAAAGUGACAAAAGAUUUUGAAGUAAAACAGAAAGCGUCCAUAAUAAGAGCGAAAAGCGUGUGAAUAAGGGGAAUAGAAGGGGAUGCAAGAAGUGGUGAAUCAAAGAGGGAAACUAUCAUUUUCCCUUUUUAUUGCCUAACCAUACAGGGAAAGUAAAACGUUUCAGAUUCAUACAAAACAUCGCUAGCACUUGUACUGUAGGCACAGAUACUAGGAGUUGACAUUUCUCUCCAACACUGGAAUAUUUGAGCUUUACAAGAUCGAUUUUUGAUCUUUAUUAUUGAAUGUGGAGUUUAAAUUCAAUGUUGUGUUAUUAAUAUAAAGGUGCACAGUCUCAUAUAGUCCAAUGGAUUUUUUAAAAAUGUGAAUAAUUCUUAUGAAUGGAUAAUCUGCGAGCUGAUUAAGGAAUGAUAUAAUGUUGACUGCUGUAAGAAUUGGAGCCAAUACGACAAUGGAGAGAUUUCAAAUUAGGAGUGAUCUGACAACAAAUUGGAAAAAGUUCAGAAUGUAUAUCGACAAAAAUUUCAAAAACAACAAAAUCGAACCAAUAGUUGUGCAAUCGAACAGAGAUGAAUUGCUGUUCACGCCAAGAAAACGCAAACGUUUCGGCAUACACCAGAAUAUACGUUUUAUUUUGGGAACGGCCUCGUACAUGGGUGCGUUUCCAGUGACCAAUAUGAUGAGUGCCGACCCUAACAGACUGGCCUUCCAUUGGAUCUCCUAUCCCACGGCCUACACCUUUUUCCUGCUCUUCGGAUUCAUAACCAUCGAAAUUCUGGCCGUCCGGUACUCCAUGAGAAACAUCAACCAGGCCAAUUUAGCUGCUGCAGGUGGUUUCAAGAAAGCGACUUCUGGUACAAUAUUCUACGGAAAUGCUUGUAUUGGCGUGUACUUAUUCUUAAAGCUUGCGCGUUCGUGGCCCGAUCUUAUAAGGGAAUGGCACAAUAUUGAACUAUCCAUGUACAGAUUUGGAACCCCAAAAGUUCUGCUAAGAUUUGUAGUCAUGACUGGAACACUAAUGUCACUCGGAUUUAUUGAACACAUGUUUCACGAUGUUCUUACUACAAGGGCGGCCGUCAAAGCUUCAAUAAAAGAAAUCGUCCUGAACGGAACGAGGAAGCCAGGUUUCUAUGAGACUUUUCACAUUUUUCUGGAACGCUAUUCGCUCAACUCACACUGGUACCUUAUUGAGGAGGAGAGCGACUACAGAGUAUGGAAAGGUCUGCUGAUUCUAUGGCUGAGUUUAACAGCCACCUUGAUCUGGAAUUUCAUCGAUUUAUUCAUCAUGCUAAUCAGCGCGGCGUUGGCGGCUCAGUUCACUAUUGUCAACAGAACGCUCAGGAAAAUUAGAGGAAGGGUAUUGACAGAAAGUCAAUGGAGAGAAUACAGAGAAAUGUAUGCGAACAUGACACAUCUUGUCAAAACUGUCGACAAUCAUAUCAAUAAAAUUAUAGCUAUAUCUGUGGCCAACAACAUAUACUUUAUUUGUGCUCAGCUUAUUACUGAGAUUGACUCCAUAAAACAAGACUACAUUCCAAGCAUAUUCUACUUGUACUCGUUCUUGUUUCUGGUUGCUCGCACCACAGCCGUGGUCAUUCAAGCUGCUGCAGUGCACGAUGAAAGCCUAAAAGUCACACCGGAACUUUUUAAAUGUCCUUACGAAAGCUAUUGUAUUGAGGUUCAAAGGUUCCUGCAAGAAGUGACAUCCGAUCAUGUUUCACUCACGGGCCUGAAUAUGUUCUCUAUAACCCGCAAUUUUCUUCUUGGAAUAGCAGGGGCAAUUCUCACCUAUGAAAUUGUCCUGAUUCAGCUACAAAACACAAAAUAGGAAGGAGAACAAGAGUGAGAGAAAUGUAACAAAUCGAGAAAAAGAAUGACGAAUAACAA